GCAAAGACGGCUAGUAGAGGAAGUGACGUACGUUUCACACAUGCACAGUACAAAUCGGUUUCCAGGACGGAUCAGGUAGCGACAUUAACAUUAGGGGGCUAAUGUGGGUGCUAAUAGCCAUCCUCAGUCGUGUUAGUUUUUACAGAUUUGUAUUAAAACUGUGUAAAAAGAAACACCCUGAAGUUUUUUUGAGCUGUGACUCUCCAGGUGUCUCAGACCGGUCUAAUGACAGGUCCACAGUCUCAUAGGUCUCCUUUAAAGUCAAAAUAAGAUGUAGUUUUAAUUUUCACUCUGGGGUUUUAAUAGUGAGGAACAGAAGAUGGUCUCAGUUGGAGAAUUGACCCCCUGCUCCGGCAGAAAUGCUAGUGAGGAGAGCGCUUAGUUUCCCCGUGUUUUUACUACAGGCGCUUCGGGACCCUGACAGCCCGACACAGUGCCUGGUUUUCUCCCAGAAUCACAGACAGACGGUCCGGUCACCGCGGCCUCCAGCUGCAGCCAUCUUGGCUCUUAUUUCAGCAGACGGAUGCAGAUUUUACACCAGCGUAAGGAGGUGUUCGUGCUUCACUCUCUGAAAGUAAAAACUGUGGUGUAAACAAACGAGCGUGAAGCUGCUGAAACUUCAGACAAUUAGGAUCAAUAUCUGAUAAUCUGGUUUUCUUCAUCAAUCGUCCAAUCAGCUUUCGACCUGCUCAGGUGGGUCACUUUAAAAAAAACUCUGAAUACUUGAUGGAUUGAUUAAAUCCAGAGCCAGAUUGGAUCCGUGACCGAACAUCGUCUGUCGGUGAUUCUGGUUUCGCCCUUUACAGAUUGACUUCAGUUAUUAAGGCUCAACGGGCAAGAGGUAAAAGAACAACAAGUGCCCGGAACACACACUCGUAAAAAUCUGAAAUUCUGAUUAUGCGUUUGUUUCAAAACAUGCACACUCACCCACAUACACUCACACGAACAACACACUCAAAAAAACACUCGUAAAAGCUCCCCUUGUCCCUGCGAGAGAGAGAGUUCGACUCCUAAUCUCAAAACCACGUGUGUGUGUGUGUCCUCCGUCUUAUUCACAGCCUUAAAACACAACGAAAGCAAAUGAACAAAAAAACAACAACGCCGUUCUGUUAAGAGCGCCAAAGGCCUUACUUUGUAAAACAACAUCAACAACGACAACAACAUGAACGCAUUAAAAGCAAAUACUGUUAUUAAAGAAGAAUCGGGAGAGGAGGUGUGUGCAGGAGGAGAGGGGGACAAGAACGUGAUUGAUACACUGAAAACAAACGAAUCUGUAGAAAGUUCACAGUCUUGUAGCUCCGUGUACCAGGAGGAGGGAGAGAGGGGGUCUGUGAGGGGCCGCAGGAGGACGAGAGAAAUCGAGUUUUUGAUCAAAGCCUCUGACAGGAAAAGGAAAUAUCAGUCUGACGUCGCUGCAGCUGCUGAGGGAACAGAGUCUGUUCAUCACCACUAACUUUAAUAACAUCCAAAUCCUGCGAAGAGAUGUUUUCAGAUCUAAACGUUUUUUUUUUCUAGAUGUUGUUGCGUUCUCUGGAAACUGUCGGUCCAAAUAGAUUUAUAGUUUUUAGAAAUCUUUAAAUUUACGGGUUUGAUUCUAAGUUUUUGGAUCAGAACUUCAGGAACCUUUUAUCAGAACCUGUGUUCAUGCUUACUGUGGACGUGAUGAAGAGACGUCAGGUUCAGGUUGGACAGGUUUGUAAAAACAGCGACGAGCAGAAUAAAGGUUUAUUUUACGGGCCGUCAGCUAACGGCAAAAACUCCAAACUGAGCGAGUGUUUUUAACUUAAGUCAAUAUUUUAUAUGAACCCUUCUGGACAAAGGGUUUGGUUUACGACAAAAUGAGGCCAUCAGACGUUAUUCCUGUACGAAGAAAAUUUUGAUUCAAGAAACUUUGUAAAGAUCUGUAAUUUCAUAGGGAGGCAUGAUA